UGCAUCUUGGGGAGAGGACAGCUACUAGGAAGGCUGGAGGUGACCCAGAAAAUUGUCAUGAGACUCACAGGAGCAGGGCAUUUCCCUGAGUGGAGGCAGCCAUCAGGGAUGGGAAAACCCAUCCUGCUCUUUGACCUGUGCAGCCUUCACCAGGGAGGGAGGGAAGGGCAAGCUGUAGUCUCUACUGGAGACAGGUCUUGGGGAAUGAGGAGCAUGUUACGGGUCCUUCUGGGGACAGACUAAGCAUUUAGUGGCCUGUAUUAGGGUUGUCUAACUGCUGCACCCACCAACCCCAAAUCUUAGGCUCCACACAAUACAGUUGUGUUUCUUGCUCCUGUCACAGAGCAGUCAAGGGUUUGAGGGUGGCCUUCCAUAGGGGGAUUCAGGGAUCCACUUCUGCUGGAUGCUCUGCAUCUGGUCAGGAGUUGAGGGAAGAGAAACCACAGAGAAUACGAGGGUGGUCUUAGAGUUCAGGUCUGCAAGUGGCACACAUCACUCUAUCCACUUUUUCCUUUUGAAACAGGGUCUCAUUCUGUCAUCCAAGUUGUUGUGCAGUGGCGUGAUCUCGGCUCAUUUCAGCCUUAACCUCCUGGGCUCAAGUGAUCCUCCAGCCUCAGCUCCCCCAAGUAGCUGGAACUAUCGGCACACAUGCCACUACACCUGGCUAAUUUUUGUAUUUUUAGUAGAGAUGGGGUUUCACCAUGUUGCCCAGGCUGGUCUUGAACUCUUGCUGGUCUUGAACUCCUGGAUUCAAGCAAUCCACCCACCUUGGUUUCCUAAAGUGUUGGGAUUAUAGGUGUCAGCCACCAUGCCCGGCCGAUGCUGAGCUAAUUUUUAAACAUUUUUUGACAGAAAUGAGGUCUCAUUUUGUUGCCGUUGCUGGUCUCAAACUCCUGGCCGCAGUCCUCCUGCCUCAGCCUCCCAUAAUGCUGGGAUUAUGGGUCUGAGCGACUGCACCUGGCCUCUCUGUAUUUCUAUGAUUCUCCAUAUUCCCAUGGACGGCUGUGACCCAGUCAGUCUGCACUCUCGAGAGGAUGUCUGCUCAAAUAAAAGCCCAGUUCAGGGAAGGCUCUGUCUUCAGGAUCCCAGAGAAACUUGAGGCUUCUCCAUGAGGGGAAAGUAAGUGGGCUGAGGUGAUUCUAGUUUAUCCUUAUAUAAAAAUCUUUACCCACAGAAUGGGACACUGUGCAGUCAUUAACUAGAACGAUAAAUACUUACAUUCAGAAACAGAAAAGUGCCUGUAACGUUGUGCUGGCUUGUAAGGAAUAGAGAAUAGAGUUCAUGUAAAAUGAGAGACACACACAAAUACUUCUCUAGGCACCUGUGCAUAUGUAUCUGCAAGAAUGUUCACUGAAAUGUCACUACCAGAAACACAGAAUGUCUUCUUCAUUCUCAGUACUUUUACAAUUUAUACUAUCUGCUCAGAUCUCCUUUAUAUAAAGAUAAACAAAGAGAAGAAAAGCCACACAAAAAAUGUCUGAGAAACAAACUAAAAAUCUCCAAACCCCAGUUCGCCAAGAAAAAAAGUGACCCAAACUAUAAGCAAACUGACGGUCAGGGUUUUUAAACUCAGGCUCAGCUCUGAGAGGCAUGUUGUUAGGGGCGCAGUCUCGUGCCUCUGUUAAUUCCACAGCUCAUUUAGCGGCAAAUUUGCCCGCAGUAUAUCUCCAUAGAAAUGGAACCCACAGGCACUGGCAACUGGAGGAUGUAAUUAUCCGAGGACGUGGCAAACUCUGGAGGUGAGAGAAGGAGUUCUCACACCAACAAGAAAGGUGAGCCUGGGGUCUUCAAAGGCAGCAAGCCCAGGGCCUGACGUGGCCUCCUAGUGGGCACACUUCAGGGCUGGGUGAGAAAUGCUUGGAAACCUGGGUGCUCCCUCCUGGGUAGCUUAUAAAAGCCACCCUAGGUCCUGCUCCUUAAGGAGAGGUGACGGGGACGGGGACGAAGACAGGCAGGGAGGGCAAGGGUUCAGACCAGGCCAAUGCUCGCCGCCUCCAUCUUCCGUCCGACACUGCUGCUCUGCUGGCUGGCUGCUCCUUGGCCCACCCAGCCUGAGAGCCUCUUCCACAGCCGGGACCGCUCGGACCUGGAGCCAUCCCCACUGCGCCAGGCCAAGCCCAUUGCCGACCUCCACGGUGCUCAGCGGUUCCUGUCCAGAUACGGCUGGUCAGAGGUGCGGGCGGCCUGGGGGCCCAGUCUCGAGGGGCCGCCGGAGACCCCCAAGGGCGCCGCCCUGGCCGAGGCGGUGCGCAGGUUCCAGCGGGCGAACGCGCUGCCGGCCAGCGGGGAGCUGGACGCGGCCACCUUGGCGACCAUGAACCGGCCGCGCUGCGGGGUCCCCGACACGCGCCCACCGUCCCCCGCCGCCCCGCCUUCGCCCCCGGGCCUGCCCACCAGAGCCCGCUCCAGGCGCUCCCCGCGGGCGCCGCUGUCCCUGUCCCGGCGGGGUUGGCAGCCCCGGGGCUCCCCCGACGGCGGAGCCGCGCAGGCCUUCUCCAAGAAGACGCUGAGCUGGCGGCUGCUGGGCGAGGCCCUGAGCAGCCAACUGUCCGCGGCCGAGCAGCGGCGCAUCGUGGCGCUGGCCUUCAGGAUGUGGAGCGAGGUGACGCCGCUGGACUUCCGCGAGGACCUGGCCGCCCCCGGGGCCGCGGUCGACAUCAAGCUGGGUUUUGGGAGAGGUCGGCACCUGGGCUGUCCGCGGGCCUUCGAUGGGAGCGGGCAGGAGUUUGCACACGCCUGGCGCCUAGGUGACAUUCACUUUGAUGACGAUGAGCACUUCACGCCUCCCACCAGUGACAUGGGCAUCAGCCUUCUCAAGGUGGCCGUCCAUGAAAUUGGCCAUGUCCUGGGCUUGCCUCACACCUACAGGACGGGAUCCAUAAUGCAACCAAAUUACAUUCCCCAGGAGCCUGCCUUUGAGUUGGACUGGUCGGACAGGAAAGCAAUUCAAAAGCUGUAUGGCUCCUGUGAGGGAUCAUUUGAUACUGCAUUUGACUGGAUUCGCAAAGAGAGAAACCAAUAUGGAGAGGUGAUGGUGAGAUUUAGCACAUAUUUCUUCCGCAACAGCUGGUACUGGCUUUAUGAAAAUCGAAACAAUAGGACACGCUAUGGGGACCCUAUCCAAAUCCUCACUGGCUGGCCUGGAAUCCCAACACACAACAUAGAUGCCUUUGUUCACAUCUGGACAUGGAAAAGAGAUGAACGUUAUUUUUUUCAAGGAAAUCAGUACUGGAGAUAUGACAGUGACAAGGAUCAGGCCCUCACAGAAGAUGAACAAGGAAAAAGCUAUCCCAAAUUGAUUUCAGAAGGAUUUCCUGGCAUCCCAAGUCCCCUAGACACGGCGUUUUAUGAUCGAAGACAAAAGUUAAUUUACUUCUUCAAGGAGUCCCUUGUAUUUGCAUUUGAUGUCAACAGAAAUCGAGUACUUAAUUCUUAUCCAAAGAAGACUACUGAAGUUUUUCCAGCAAUAAUACCACAAAACCAUCCUUUCAGAAAUAUAGAUUCCGCUUAUUACUCCUAUGCAUACAACUCCAUUUUCUUUUUCAAAGGCAAUGCAUACUGGAAGGUAGUUAAUGACAAGGACAAACAACAGAAUUCCUGGCUUCCUGCUAAUGGCUUAUUUCCAAAAAAGUUUAUUUCAGAGAAGUGGUUUGAUGUUUGUGAUGUCCAUAUCUCCACACUGAACAUGUAAUAAGAAAAAGUAGGAAAUGGAGAGUCAUAGGACUUCGCUAAGAGAAAAAUUCUGAUAUUGUUUACAAAGAAAACCAGAUUUUCAGUAGCUGAAGAAAAUAUGGCACUGUAAGUUAAAACCCAAUGGGAAAAGCCUUAGUUGAACUUUUAAAAUACUUGAUUUAAAAACAAUUGCUCAGGGAAAACAUAAUUCAUAACCUAAAAGGUUUAAAAAAACAAAAAAACAAAAACUAAGCAUCCAAUGAUCUUUGCCUGCUUUCUACUCUGUGGGGCUCUGCCCAUCCCAACUGCUUGCCCACCUGAUUGAUGGGAGUUGGAAGGGCGGCCAGAGCCCUGGGUCAAGCUAUCAAGGAAGGAGAUGCCACAGAGAUGAUUUUACUGAGAGAUUUAAUGGGAAAG